UUCUUCUUCUCUCUUUUUAUAUAUUACGAAAUAAAAAAAAAUAAAAAAAGAAAAGAAAAUUUCUUUAAAUAAGCAGACUUUAUAUACAUGGAAUUUAUAUGUAUAUUUAAAGAAAACGAUCAAAUACGACUUAGUUAAUGCUUUUUAAUUUAUGUAAUAAUAUUUGGAAAUUUAUAUCGAAUUUCAACAAGUAACGAACUUAUUAACAAUCGAACUUAUUUAACACUCACUACCAUUAUAACCCCAUUCUUAUUUAAAACAAAACAAAAAAGGCUCAUUUUUAUAACAACUACAACUUUGUAAUUUUUAUUUAACUUUAACCCAAUUUUACCUCUAACCCAAAAUCUAAAUAACCACCCCAUAUAUCUACUAUUUUAUUUUAUUAUUUUAUUUUAUUUUUAUCUUCUUUUAUUUUUGUUAACGAAAAGAAAAAUGGAUUUCUGUACAACUACUACUCAUUCAAUGGAUAAUAUUCCAUACUCACCAACUUCUUUAUCUCUUGAAGAUCUCAUUAAUGCCCCUGCAAAAGCUGAAUCUCUUUUAGAAUUAUUAACUCCUGACCAAAUUUCAGCUAUUGAGCGAACAUUGGGUAAGGUUAAAAGAAGAAGACUUAAUAAAGCAGCUGAAAUGAAUAAAUCAUUUUCACCUUUGGUCAAUCCUAAAAAUAAUGCCUCAACCAACACUAGUAAUGCGUCGGCAUCUGCUACAACUAACAGCACGACCACUAUUUCUUCUUCUUCAUCACCAUCUACCCCGCCCCCUGUUCUGAAACAUGUGUCCACAAAUAACUCCUCAUCUCCGAAUGAACCUAUCACUGAAGUAAAGGAUGGCGUUGAAUGGGUCUCCUUUGUAUAUUCGCAUAAUCGUACCUUAAAACGUUAUUCUAUCCGUACUGAUAUUAAUUCAGUCGAUCCAUCUCUUGUCUGUGAUAAGUUUAAGAGUGAAAAUUGUGUUUAUCCCCGAGCAAAUUUACCAAAAGAAGAAUAUCAUGGUAAUAGAUGGGCUUACGAAACAGAAUGCAAUAACCUUGGAUGGAAAUUGGCUUGGCUUAAUAAAGAAGAGAUUGCUGGUAAACGAGGAUUAAUUCAACGCGCUGUUGAUUCGUAUCGUAACCGUUACCCUAGUAUGCGAUCCCGUCGUGUGGCUCGACAAGAGAAAUUAUUAAACGGUACACUUCGUAAACGUAAACAUCGUGAAAAUGAUGAACCAUCCUCGUUUGAUUCUUCUGAUAUGGCUUCAUCUUUAUCUGGUGUAACUAUUCAGUCAUCCCAUCAUCCUAAAACAAUUGCUAUUGAAGAUGCAAAUCAUCAACGUUUUCGUAUUAAAAUUAAUGUUGAGUCCGUUGAUCUUGAAGAAAUUAAUAUUGAGUUUCGUAAAGCGAAUUGUCCCUUUCCUCGUGUCAUGAAUAUUCCCAGGCCUGCUGUCAAUAAUGCUCGUUGGUUAGAAGAAACUAUGUGUAAUGAAUUAGCUUGGAAACUGGCAUGGUUAAAUCCUAGACAUUUAGCGGGUAAAAAGAAUAUGCUUCAACGUGCACUUGAUAUCUACCGUUCUAAAUUUAUGCCUUCACUUUUACCUCGUAAAAAUUCAAAUCGAGUGGCUCCUAUCCCUCCUCCCUCUUUGACAGAUACUGUGAAUCCACAAGCUUCACUCAUGGACUUGCUUCCUUCAACUAAUACGCUUAAUAAUAUAGCAAAUGCUUCAUCUACUGCUACUCAUGUAGAUGCCAUACCUAGUCCAACUGAAACCUCACCCGCUAGUCCUCUUACAGCAGUUAUGAAUCCUACUAUCACUGUUAGUACAGGUAUUCCAUUGACUGCUGAUGCUUUGUCUGCCCAAAAUGCUUUAUUUGAAAAGAUGAACCCUACUGUUGCUUCACCUGCAAUGUCAAAUAUGAGUGGAACCACAGAGUCCCUUGAUUUUGCUGAUUGCUUCUCGCUGGCCGAUGAAGAUACAAAAGAGGAUUCUACGUCUAGUGUAGAUGCUGCGGCUGCUGCCAUAUUUUGUGACAUGCUUUUGCAAGAACCUAUGUCUUUAUUUAGUGUUAACAAAGAAGACAGUAGCAACAAUUUAAACCAUAAUUCUUGUAGAAACUCUACUAGCUCUUACUCUUCUGAUAGUACUGCUUGUACUCCUAGUCCUACCAUGCCUGCAGAUCCCUUUACAGUAGAUUUAUUUGAACAAUUUAUGUUACCUACAGAUAAUCCAUUUUAUAGUAUGAUGGAUCAUAACGCAACCGUCUCUGAUCUAUCUAAAUUGUAUAAUACUACUAUUGAAGAUAAUCUUGCUACUGCAGCUAAUUUGUUGGACCCUCUUUUUUAAUAUAUUUAUUCUUUUCAAUUUGUUUGUAUCCUUAUAACUUGUAAAUAGUCGUCUAUCUUCUCUUUCCCUUCCAUAAAAAAAUUUUUUUUUUUUUUGUAAAUUCCCAUGCAUCUAUUUCUUCAUUACAUUUAUUUUGGCAAGAAAAAAAAAUAAUAUUAUUUAUUCUAUAAAUUUAUACAAUGUAACAGCAAAAAAAAAAA